GCCACUUCGAGAACCGGGUUGCGAGAGAGCGACAGUCCGCUGGAGCCCAGACCCUGACAGGAAGGAGAAGACUGCAGCAAUGCCAGACUCUCCGGCUGAAGUGAAGACGCAGCCCCGGUCCACACCCCCCAGCAUGCCACCCCCACCUCCCACCGCAUCCCAGGGAGCCACACGACCACCCUCCUUCACACCUCACACACAUGGCGAGGAUGGACCUGCGACGUCUCUGCCCCACGGCCGUUUCCACGGCUGCUUAAAGUGGUCCAUGGUCUGUCUCUUGAUGAACGGGAGCAGCCACUCACCUACAGCCAUCCACGGUGCCCCAUCUACACCCAAUGGCUUCAGCAACGGCCCAGCCACCUCAUCGACUGCCUCGCUGUCCACACAACACCUGCCCCCGGCAUGCGGCGCGCGGCAGCUCAGCAAACUCAAGCGUUUCCUCACCACCCUGCAGCAGUUCGGCAGUGACAUCUCGCCUGAGAUUGGGGAGCGUGUGCGCACCCUGGUGCUGGGGCUGGUGAACUCAACUCUUACGAUAGAAGAAUUUCAUUCCAAGCUCCAAGAAGCCACCAACUUCCCACUGCGACCAUUCGUCAUCCCCUUUCUGAAGGCUAAUCUUCCGCUGCUGCAGAGAGAGCUCCUGCACUGUGCCCGCCUGGCCAAACAGACGCCUGCCCAGUACCUGGCCCAGCACGAACAACUGCUGCUGGAUGCCAGCACCACCUCCCCUGUUGACUCUCCCGAGCUCCUGCUGGAAGUCAACGAGAAUGGCAAGAGGAGAACACCAGACAGGACCAAAGAGAACGGGUCAGACCGGGACCCUCUGCACCCUGACCACCUCAGUAAGCGGUCCUGCACCCUGAGCCCUGCCCAGCGCUGCAGUCCCAGCAAUGGGUUGCCCCACCCUACACCACCACCACCCCCACACUAUCGCCUGGAGGACAUGGCCAUGGCCCACCACUUCCGGGACUCCUACCGACAUCCAGAUCCCCGAGAGCUGCGGGAGCGCCACCGGCCCCUCGCCAUGCCUGGGUCUCGACAAGAAGAAGUGAUUGACCACAGGCUCACAGAACGGGAGUGGGCAGAAGAGUGGAAACAUCUCAACAGUCUCCUGAACUGUAUCAUGGAUAUGGUGGAGAAGACACGGCGAUCCCUCACUGUGCUGCGCCGGUGCCAGGAGGCUGACCGUGAAGAACUCAAUCACUGGAUCCGGUGCUACAGUGACUCUGAGGAAGGGAAGAAGGGCCCCACCCCCACCUCUGCCCGGCCCCUCAACAGCUGCAGUGGCCCCGAGGGGUCUCAGCUAGAUGUUCACCGGGAUUUCAUGCCCAGGACCCUCUCUGGCUAUAUGCCAGAGGAGAUCUGGAGGAAGGCUGAAGAAGCCGUGAAUGAGGUGAAGCGCCAGGCGAUGUCAGAACUACAGAAGGCUGUGUCUGAUGCAGAGCGCAAAGCCCAUGAACUCAUCACCACAGAGCGUGCCAAGAUGGAACGAGCCCUGGCUGAGGCCAAGCGGCAGGCCUCAGAGGAUGCCCUGACUGUCAUCAACCAGCAAGAGGACUCCAGCGAGAGCUGCUGGAACUGCGGGCGCAAGGCCAGCGAGACCUGCAGCGGCUGCAAUGCAGCCCGUUACUGCGGGUCCUUCUGUCAGCACAAGGACUGGGAGAAGCACCAUCAUGUAUGCGGCCAGAGUCUGCAGGGCCCCGCAGCUGCAGUGGCUGACCCACUGCCCGGACAGCCUGAUGCCACCGCCAGCCCCAGCGAAGCCGGCUCAGCAGGGCCCUCUCGCCCCUGCUCUCCUGGCCCACCAGGCCCACUGGACGCUUCUGUGCCCCGCUGACCUCCAGAUCGGACGCCCAGCCCAUGGACGCCAUGCCCUGCCAACCUCCUGGCCCCACCUUGGCCCACCAGAUGCCUGGAGCUGGCCAGGUGGGGUCACUGCUGCUACUGCUUCUCUCCAAAAGAAAACACAGAUCCAACGAAACUGCAUCCGUGCAGCCUCAGCUACCUGACGAGGUCUUGCCGGGACCUCCUACAGCCUCUCUUCUCAAGCAUCCUCAGAUACCACUGCGGAGCUGCAGACAGUGGCACCGGCGGAGCGUGGCCGGCUCUGCCACCGUCUGUCCCCUCUGUGUCUGUCUCACUGUUAUUGUCUGUCUUUCUGUGUCUUGGUCUCCCUCUGUUUCCCUGCCCUGACUCUCCCUGUAUCUGAUCCUCUCUGUCUGUGUAAAAGCCCGCACGCUUUCUCUGUAAUCAGAGAAACCUAAUCGGUGGCUUUAUUUUCAGUGAAGAACUUUUGGAGAUUUUGUUUUGUUUUGUUGGCAAACAAGCUACUUAAAAAUGGACAAAGAACUGUGGGGUUCUCCCCAUUCCUUAUUAGAAAAGGAAGAAACUGUGAUUUUUUUCUAGCUGGAGUUGCUGCCUCACCCAGCCAACCCCAGGGGGAUCGGUGCGUGCAGCAGAGACGGUGAGAACAAUUUCAAUUUCCAACUCAAGAAGCAUUUUUUGGUUUCAGGUUUUAUUUCUUUUCUUUAAUGUCAAACUCUUUGGCUUUAAGUGAAAAAAAAAAAAACCCAAAAAGUUUUUUUUUAAGCAAAGGAAACAUACCUGUAAACUACCUUGCCAGCUAGCCAGCCAAGGAUGCCAGACACACCUCGCUCCAAAGGAAAUCCAAAAAGCAAACUCAAGAAAUCAAAAUCAAAAAUUUAUUUUUAUCACUGCCAAAGUAUAUUUUCAUUGUCUUUCAUUCCUGGGUUUGUUUGGAUAUCGGUCUUUGAUUUUGGCUUUGAUUUUUGUCAAGGGUGUUGGGUCACUGGGAUUUGGUGGGUUGGGCCAAGAAGAAACAUUUUGUUCCUUUUUGACUAGUGGGCAGCAUCCUUGCUGGGCAAAGGGGUCAGCAGCAAGGCCACAUGACCCCCAGCACCAUAUCUAGAAGCCCCAGUCAGCAUGAGCCUGAGUGUCGUGUGCCCUCAGGCCCUGUCCGUGCGUCCCUGUACGCAAGGGAGACACCUCCAUCUGUCCUCACACCUUCUGUGACUUCGCAUAGUUCAUUUUCCACUUGUGAAAAAAAGUGCUAGUGUUCUUCCCAGAGAGAGCACAAUUCCUAAACGAAACUGUGACAAUCUUUUGGUUUGAUUCUUGACUGCUUUUGAAAGCAUAAGGUGACAGCAAAUCACGCUUUCUUGGU